GCUCAGGAGGACUGGUCAUCAUGACGCAGCAGGAGCAGCAGGAGUUCACCGAAAGCCUGGAGGCGGCCCUGUCAUGGAUGCGUGCCGUCCAGGAGAGGCUAAGGGCCAACGACAACACCCAGGGGCCCCGUGAUGCUCUGGAGGCCCGACUCCGGGAGACAGAGAAAAUUCAUCAGUCGGAGCACGAGGGUCGUGUGAAGAUGGACAUGGCGCUGGUGGCAGCCGAGAACCUUUUGCAGAGCGGAGACGAAGAGCUGAGAAACCACACCCAUGCUAAGCUCAAAGACCUGAAAAGCCUUUGGGAGGAGACCAGCACCUACAUCAUCCACUGCCACAGCCGAAUCGAGUGGGUGUGGCUCCACUGGAGCGAGUAUCUAAAGGCCUACGAGGAGUUUGAGCUGUGGCUGACGAGGCAGCAGCGCAGCCUGGACGUCAGGGUGGAGCUUCAGCUGGGGGUGAAGGAGAAGCUCUGGCAAGUGGACCAGCAGAGGGUGGUGGUUAGCGACAUUCAAGGCCAGGCCACGCUGCUCGAGAGGCUGCUGGACGAGGCCGCUGCACUACACAACAGGACCCAGGACCCUAGUGUGGAGCCCCAGGCCCAGGAGAGGCUGCAGGAGGCCUAUAACAGUGUCAGGGACAGAGCUGAGGAGCGCCUGACGCAGCUUCAGAAGAUUGCUGUGGAGCACCAGACGUACCAAGGCUGCGUUCAGAGGUUCCAGUCGUGGUUGCUGACAAAAACCAAGGAGCUGACAGAUCUGAUGGAGAAGGAGGAUACGGCCGAGGACAAGCUCAAAGCCUUACAAGCUCUGGACGACAGCGUGGCUGGUGAGGAGAAGACCCUGCAGCACAUCGAGGGUGUGGCGGAUGCGGUGAGGGGCAACACCUCUCCUGCGGGUGCGGAGGUGGUGGUGGAGCAGGCCGAGGAGUUGAGGCUUGGCUGGCAGAGGCUGAGGCAGGGCCUGUGUGAGGCAGAGGAGGGCCUGCGUUGCAGCUUGGACUCCCACAGCCAGUACGUGACCAGGUGCCAGCGGCUAGGAGAAGACAUUGGCCACCUCAGGGCAAUGCUGCAGGGGAUGGACCAGGAACUGGAGGAGAACCGCGAGGCCGAGGACCGCACAGAGGAGCAGAUGGUUGGCCAGUGGAAGAAAUAUAUGGGCGUCAGGAAUACUCUGGCUGGGGAGGAGUCCCAGGUGGAACUUCUCAAGGCCCAACUCAAGGAGCUUUUCAGGUUCUCAGAGGACUCACGACACCUUUCUGAUGAUGUCCUGGCUGUCGUCAAAGAACAUCAGAGCGUGAAAUGCAGAGCGACGAGGCUGUGCUCUGAGUCAGAGUCAGGGCUGAGAAACAUUCUCCAGGACCCACUGCUGGUCUACGCCCAGUGGAGCCACGUGGUCUCUCAGGUUCUGGAAGCUUCUGCCGAGGUUACGGACUUCUCCCACAUUGCCAUGUUGGUCCAGAACAUAGAGCACCUGCUGAAGAAGAGCGUCCAGCUGCAGGAGCGUUUAGGUCUGCUGCAGGUAAAGGGGGACCUGCUGGACUCUGUAUUCGGCCCUGAGAGAUCCGAUGGCCUGCAGGAUGAGCUGAGCGCUGCCAUCAGGAACAGAGAGCUGCUGCACACUCAGCUGCUGCAGAGGAAGGGCAGACUACAGGGCUUAAUCUCCAGAACCAAGGACUUUGGUGAUGCCUAUGAGUUGAUUCGAUCCAAGCUGGCCAGUCUCCGAGACCGACUGGUGGCAGCUGACGGCCCCCAGCCUGACAUCCUGGCUAAGAAAAGCCAGUCCGACCAGUUCAGGGUGAUCCACAAGGACCUGGAGGACUGUGAAGCCCACAUCACAGCGCUGGAGACCCUAGUGUCAUCCAGUCAGAGCAACAGGACUCAGUUUGAGAGGCUCUAUGCAGACUGGAAACACCUGUACAACGCAGUAAGGGUAAAGGUGCAUGAGAGCGAGGAGAGCAUUGCAGACCAUGAGAGCUUCCACGACGGUCUGCUGAACAUAGAGAAGUGGCUGAUGAUCAUGAAGCAGAAGCUAGAGUCCUUCCAUAGCCCCACUGGAGAGUGGAGCAUAGAGGGUCGACAGCACGAAGCUGAGAGAGCACUGGGAGAGUUUCCAGAGAAGGAGCUUCAGCUGCAGCAGAUGGAGGUCCAGGGUCAAGGGGUUUUGGAGAAGACUUCAGAAGAGGGACAGGUCCACAUUCGGCGAGAUAUAAAGCGCCUCCAAGAGUCCUGGUUGGCCCUGUACAACAUGAGUCUCAAUCUUCACAGGCUGCUGAACAGCUCCACAGAGCAAAAAGACACUGACUUAUGGAAAGUCAUAGGCCAACAAGAAGUUAGGACAGCAGAGGUGUUUGGAGCCAUGGCUACCUCUGGGCCUGGAAGAGGAGGAAGCCUGGAGGGAGAGGCAGGAGAGGGGGUGACGACAGGGCAGGGUGGGCGGCCCCAGGGCCAUAGUGAAGGUCACUUCCUUCUGACUGGACAGGACAAUGAACAUGUCAGCCCAUCAAGGACUGAUAAGGAUGGUAGGCGCUCCUUUAAAGGGGACGAAGUAGGUUCCUCUGCUUUGAGCAUUGGCGGGAGAGCCGUCCAGAAAGUUUCCAAAGACUCCACCGCAGAUAGAAGCCCCGACAGUGAUAAAUCAACAGGAAGCCACAGCAGCAUCUGGGCCAGAGACAGAGGGGCAACAGCUUUUAGCACAAAAGUCAGCUAUGGUGAGGAAGGAAGAAUGAGCUCUGAAGAAGGCAGCAUGGAGGCAGGGGAAGGCCAGAGCCGAGGAGAAGGAGCAUUCAUGGUGUUCAGAAGGGACCUAGCCAAGCAAACAACACCAGUGCAACACUCAACGGGAGGCGCAGGACAGUACAUUUCCAGGAGGAGAGAGUUUGAGGCCUGGCUCUCCAAAGAGACUGAACUCCUCUCAGGGAUCCUCAGCACCAUGGGAGCGACACUUAGUGCCAAAGAACUCAAACUCCGACAGGACUCGCUCAAGAAGCCUGGGUUGUUGCAGCGAGUGUGUCGACUGGCUCUUCCCCUGUGGCUCCUCUUCCUGGCUUUGCUCCUCCUCGCCUUCCUGCUGCCCCUCAUGGACGAAGGCAACAGCUGCUCACUCACCAACAACUUUGCCCGUUCCUUCAACAUCAUGCUCCGUUACGACGGACCGCCACCUACAUAGGAAACCUCUGAACAGCGCAGGAUAGAGUAAGGUCCCACAUUACCCUGCCCUUUGCAGUGUGACCGUAACAGACCACAAACAGGACCACCAGGCUGUGCAGCUGCAAAGUCUAUGUUCCGUUGAAACAAAUCUUAUAGUCAUCUCACUAGUAGACACGUUUUCCUCCUUACUAUCAUCUCUACCAGGACGCACCACAAUCUAUGAAGGAAAUUGCAAGGUAGAGUAGCAUGCACAUCUACAAACGACAAAUCCCACAUCCUCUCAAUCCUUCUAGAUCCUUCUUUACUCUGAUUCUACGCAUUCUGGACUACAGUGUCGGCUCUACCAAACCUCACAUCCCAUGGCCCAUGCAUCUUUGCAGCUUAAAAAUCAUGAUCUGUCAAACUACUAGGACUACAAAUCCCAUGCUCAUUCUGAGAAUUUCAAAUAGACUAUAGAAGCUUUAAUAUCUGUAAACCAAAGUCAUCUUUUGCAUGCCUUCCUAACAGUUUAAAUAUGGUUGUCAGCUUUUGUCUAAUGAAGACUUAAUUCUGAUCAUUUCAACGUUGAAUAAGUUUACUAAUAAUCACCAAGAGACCAAAAUCCUAUAAUCAGUGCUUGAUAGAAGUCACGAAACAGCAGCCUGAUUUUUGUCUUGUUCUAAUGAGACCUUUUUCAUGUGUAAUGAUUUUUACUACCAAAUGAUUCCGUUUAAACGAGAAAUGAUUGCGGUUAUAAUAAAACACAUAAUAUAACUGAAACUUUCUCAUUAGUACACAAAACCAACGAUUCUUGUUAAAAGAAGAGCAUUUUUCAUUACAAUGAUAUUUCAACUUGUCUCAUUAGACAAGAAACUCUUAGGUAAGGUAAUAUAUGUUUUACACCAUGAUAACUUGGUAUGUUGUUCUGACAUGAAACUUCCAUUUGUUGUUAAAACAAGAAAAACAUCCACUCCUUUUCUACCAAAAGAGAACUGGCUCCAUUCUGGUUCAAGCAUCUACUUUUGAACUGUUCGGAGCCCUUUGACCAAAACUAAAUUGGUUUGGAACACAGAAAGUUGGUUCCAAGUUAGAACCAAUAAAUGGUUUUCCUUGGGAACCAAAGUGGGCGUGUCAUAUUCAGCAGGUCAUUGUUAGAAAACAGAGACAGUGUCUUAGCGUUUUUAACAACAUGGAAGAUUCCUGUUAUAACAAGAUACAAUGGGAAGAACAAGAAAGGGUUUGUGAUAACAGAUAAAAUGACACGUUAGAAAAAAGAAAAAAGUUUCUUGUUAAAGCAAUUUUUUGAUAAGUAAGUUAUUGUAAUGUGAAAAUAUCCUAAUCAUUAUAAUGAGAAGUUCAGCAGAUACCAUACUAUGCAUGGGGUGAGAGAUGAUAAGCCAAAGUCAACAGGUCCAUGAAUACGAAUGUGGAACAUGUACAUGUAUAAGAUCCAAUUUAAAGCCUACAGCACCAGCAGUGGAUACUUUGUAAACAACAACUGGCAGUAUAUAUCACACCCUCCAUGUGUUCUAGUGGUCCGGAUCAGAAAACCAGGAUAGGAACAUAGACUCCAGUUAGACUUCCUCUGCCUUAGAUAAAGCAACUCUUCUGCUAAUGUUGUGCAUGUGAUAUGUAGCAAUGUUAAAUAGUUAGUUUGUAAAGUACUGCACAGUGUAGCCUAAUAUUUGAAAAAGAUUUUAAGGGCAAAAGUUGAUGUUGUGUGUUUUUAGUAUUAGAGCAUCAAAUGAACAAGGACUGUCACUGUGUGUUCACACUGAGAGCUUCUUGGCUAAUGCUAAUCCUUCUCUUCUGACUGAGCAGUGAGACAGAAGCUGCAGUUAGCAUCAUUUUCAGCAUCAUGAUGUUGACUUCAAUCAUUUUACUGAUUUAAUGCGUCAGCAUAGCUAGCAGUCAGUUCGCAAUCAGGUUACGCCACCUCCGUGCUGCUGUUCUGCUAGUAGCCGUGUUUCCAUCAUCGACAUAUAAAAGAUGUCUCCACUUCCUCCCACUGUACAAAAAGAAAGCCCCAAAUAUCCUGGAUACAGCCACUGCCAUCUUCCACUGGUUGGUUCAUCAAGAUUAGCAGAAUUUUGCUGUUCCCAUCAGCUAAUGCCAUACUUUUUUUAAAACUGAGGUGCCAUGAAGUAGCGUAUUAGCACAGGUAUCAUCCUCCACAAUAACAGUUUCUCCCUUAUCCAUCAUAUCCAGCAUCCUCUUCAUUCUCUGACUGUCUUUAGUCUGUCAAGCUGGCGAUGCUUAACCCACGGCGGCCUCUGGGAAAUGGUGUUUUAUAAAGGAGAAAUAUUAAAUCAACAAUAUUACAUUCUUUUUUAAAAUGUAUUUAACCUGUCUUAUGUACCCAGUUUUCCUUUGUUCUUUCUGUGUACAA